UUUAAAGAGGAAAAAAAAAAGAAAACUCUUCUCCAGCAGAGAUUCGAGUCGAUUCUGUUCCUCUGAAGGAAAAACAAACUAAUUUCCUGCUUCUGGGUUACGAUGACAGACCUGUGGAGGUGUUCGACUCUCGCUGGACACAUGAUUCGAUGAUUCUUCGGGCUGAACCCAGAUGUGAUUCUGGUUUUAAUCGAAGCCUCCGUCGGACAUGUCAGCUGACCUCUGACCCCUCAGCAUGGACGUCCGUCUCCACGGCAACUCUCAGCUCCACUACCGGGUCAACGGAGGCCGAAGCUCCGGACCAGGAGAGGAUGAAUCUCUGCAGUUCCUGAGUCAGGAGGAGCAGGAAUGUCUGCAGUUCUUCGAGGAAACCAUCGACUCUCUGGAGGAGAGUCUGGAGGAGGACGACCUGCGGCAGGCCAAGCCUCCAGAGAUCCACGAGCUCGACGGACCCGUCGCCUCGAGUCCCAGAACCGGAGUCAGCGGGUCCCCGAGCUUCAACAGACCUCCGAGUCCCAAAGAGCAGGACAUCAUCGACCUGGUCCGACCAGAACCGGACCUGCUGCAGAGCAGAGAGCCGGUGUUCAGUCCCACCAACCCAGACUUUCAGAGCAUGAUGCUGACCCCGGAGAGCCACUUUGAGAUAAAGCCCCGGCAUGACCCAUCGGACGGUUUGCCUUCAGAGUACAACCCUCCUCUACCGAGCGGCAGCUUUGGGUCCACCGACUCGUCCUACCACCCUCCAGGCUGCAUCCCCACCCCGGUGCUGAUCGCCCAGAAGAUAGCCGAGAACCAGGCGGGUGGAGGAUCCAACUUACUUCCCUCCACGAUGCUCCGACGUCUCAGCCUGGAGUCCGAAAAACCGGCGACCCACAGCACAGAUCCUCCGGCGAAACAGGGUCCUCCUACCUCAGCCAAACCGAACCGAUUCCCUUCUAACAUCAGCGUGAUCCUCGGCAACAAGGAGCACCAGAACCAGCCGCUGGCCAACGUGAACAUCCACGAGAGGCGUGCGCAGAUGCUGGCAAACCUGUCGGGUACAGCCCACCCUCUGCUGCAGGAAAACGCCCAGCCGGCGGAGCAAGAGAAGCCUCGAAACACUCCGACUCGCAGCAUUUCCUUCAGGGACCCGACACCGGACAAGUCCAGGAUGGAGGCGCUGUCGAAGCUGGGACUGACCCGGAACCGAGCCAUGUCCGGGGGCACGUCGCUGCUCGUCACCCCAGACGGCACCUCACUGGAACCCCAACCAGCCGCAGAGUCCAAACCUCCAGAGCCGAGUCCUCCGCCAACAAUCAAGACACCAGAGGUUACGGUGCCACCUCCGAGCCAGAUUCACGUUGACAAUAAACCCGAGAUUCUACGGACGGAUUCCUUCAAGAGCCAUGAAGAAAGAAACCUCCAGCCGAGUCCUUCCCCUCCUGCUGCAGUCGCCCAAACCAGCUACUUCCCGCCUCCUUUGGAACACAAGGCGCCCGUCUCCCCUCCGCCUGAAGUCACCACACCAGAGUUCAACAGCUACGGAGGUAAAUCCAUCGUGGUGAAUCCUUCCUUUUCAAGGAACGAACCUCCUGCGACGUCUCCAACCAGCCCUGAACCCAGAAGCCUCCCUCCAGCGCUGUCGAACCCGACCGAGUUCAACUCCUACGGCGGAAAGUCCAAAGUCAUGACUCUGGCUCCUGCAGCCGUGACCAGGAGCGACCUUCCCGACAUCCUCAGCUCCCACAUCGACAAGAGCCAAACCCUUCCCGCCAAAACAGAGCCCAUCGAGCUCAACAGCUACGGAGGAAAGAGCCGAACCAUCAACCCAACCACCGGACCGACCCGACCUCCGGAGACCCAGGCAAAGAGCUUCAAAGCCCCGGCGCCGACUCCAGCUCCAAGACCUCGGCACUCCUACCACGGCGCUUUGAGUUCACAGAAAGCAGCGUCUCGAGCUCUUUCUCCCGACCACAAGCGGAGAUCCAACUCCAUGUUUCGUCCUCAAGGCAUCACCGUGCAGUUUUCUGGACGGGGGGCGACGAACGAAUCGCGAAGGGAGGCGUUGAGGAAACUGGGGCUGCUGAAAGACUCCUGAGGAACUUGUUGAAUCUGUGGAGUUUACCUGCUGGUGAAGGCGGUUUGUUUGGAGAAGUUUUUCCGUGUGAGGUGUGGUUGGGAAAAGACACUUUUUUUUUUGCAUCCUACAAGUCAGUUCUCACUUUCUUGCCAUAAAAACUGACAAACAGUGCGGCUGUCGCAUGUUUGACAUUGUUUCUAUGCUGAGUUUCCACGUAUACCUCGAAUCAGCCUGGACGCUACAGAGCGGCAUCGUCUUCCUGCAGGACUCUGGUUUCGGCUCAGUGGACUGUAAGGAGCCAAACUUCUGAAGCUCCUGAGAACAUCUUAGAAAAGAACAAACCCUGGAGAUGUUCUACAUGUGGGUCGCUCAAUGCUUUAAGACUUCUUAAGGUCUCACAAAUAUGUAGUUUCAUGUUUAAAUAAUGGCUCUUUGGUUUCCUUAAACUGUAGUUUUUGCAAAUACGACUCAAAUAAGAGGAAGACGUGAAUUUGUCUGGGACUAUUUUCAACAGUGGAUGAAUACACCGUUGAAAGUUUUAUCAGGUUGAGGGUUAAAGUUUAAAUGAUGCUCGUUAAACUGAGGUUUACUCGUAAUUUAUAUGUUUUGUUUUUUUUUAACAAAAGUAAACCUGGAUCAUCAACCCGUCCUGCAGCUCAGACUCUGCAAGAACUUGGAUUUUAUAUGGCAGCUAAUUUGUGGUAAUUUUAUUAAUUGCACAUUUGUUUAAUUAUAUGCAUAAUUUUAAGAUUUUUGUCUUGUGACGAGGACCAGUGUACGCCGAGCUCCCACGGCUUUUUAACCCCAAAGUGGGUUUUGGGCUUCGGGGGGUUAAUAUAAUUACUAUUUUGGUUUUUAAAUAAGCAUGUGCUUGAUCAAACUGCCACAAAUUACCUGACGACAAAUUAAUACAAACAAAAUUACAAUAAUAAUGAAAAUUAUUAAGUUAGCACCUUUAAAAACAGGAGCUUUUAUUUUUAAAAAAGUGCAGGAAUGUUCCAGGUGUACUCGUUGGGACCUUCCAAAAGAAAAGAAAAUCCAACCUUGCGAUAUAAAUAAGAGUAAAUAAGUGCAGGUUGAGAAAACUGUCGUGCACAAGAGUAGUUUUGGUAUUCUAAAAAAUAAAUUGACAUUUUGCACUUCAAAUUUGAUGUAAAUAUUUGUAAAAAAAACUUAAAUUAAAAACCCAAUUAUGAGGAAAAUCCAAACCCUGACGAAUUCUGAAGACGUAAAUAUUUAACAAUCAUUUUAAAAACACCCAGUAAAGCAUAUUAAACGUGAUUAUUUGUUCUGAACCGAUGCUCACAAACAGGCUGUGAAGUCGUCGUCGCCUCUGUUACGCGGGAACCUUUCGUCGUUUUCUGUUUACCGACUCCUUUUUGGGAAUUUUUCACGCCAUCGAGCGUGUUUGUUUUCUUUCUGUCGACGCUUUGGGAUCAAGUUUUAAAGCACUUUUCUUUUCUACGUGGCGGUUUUAUUGAAAUACAGCGUAAAGAGCAGCGAGUGAACAAAACCCAGGAGCCGUGAAACAAACUCCACCGACGUCCUGGAAUAACGUUAAAGUGAAGAAGAGGAAGAGAAAAAGUUGGAAGCGGUGGAGCUGCAGGGUAUUUUUACUGCGAACCUCCCACACCAAACCACAGACUGGUGGAGAGCGUUUGUGGGCAGGACUUUCACUGUAGAAGUGCUCUUUAGGGAUGGGCGAGCACAUGGCAUUGUACUAAACACAAGCACUACCGACCGCACAGUCCAGAAAUACAUCCUAUAUGUUUUUACUGCUGCUGUCGAUACGUUGGCAGUGUCUUAUUUAACUGUUUACUGUGUUUUUUUUGUUUUAUUUUCUUUGUUAAAAUCCAGACUCCGGUUCUCUGUAGCUCAUCUACAGCAACUCUGAAGUGUCUCUUGUGAAUUUUUGUUUACAGACUCCGGUUCUCUGCAGCUCAUCUGCAGCCAUUUUGAAGUUUAAAGGUGCAAACACGCAGCGUGGAUCUCUGAACACGAGGCUUUACGAGAUGAUAUUGUGCACAGAACAAAGAUUUAAAGUGCUUUUAUUGUGGUAAAUGGGAAAAAAAACAAUCAGUGACAUGUGAAAGUUGCUGCUAUGAAACAGCCUGGUAGACUUCAUAUGCAUCGUACGCUGUAUAUAAUCGGCUUAAUAUAUCUAAAAAUGAGUUUUUGUCAUUAAUUAAACAGGAUACUGUCA